AUGAAUAUUGUUGGUGUUUCUUGUAAGAGGCGUGAUCAGGUAAGAGAACUACAACGCGAGAAGGCAUUAAAUGCAUUACAAAGUGGAAAAUUGUUAACAGGGCGAGGCUUAAAUCAAGAAAUAACCCUUAGGCGUGCAGGUGAAACACGGUGGGGUACACAUUAUGAAUCAAUAAUAAGGUUAAUCACAAUGUUCUCUACAGUGAUUGAUGUUCUUGAAAUUAUUUUGGAGGAUGGUGCAAGCUCAGAACAAAAAGGUGAAGCCUAUGCAUUAUUAGAAUCAUUACAUACAUUUGAAUUCUCUUUUUGUCUACAUCUAAUGAAAGAUGUACUUGGUAUCACUAAUGAACUAUCUCAAGCAUUACAACGAGGAGAACAAGAUAUUGUAAAUGCUAUGUCUUUGGUGCGAAUUUGUAAACUGAGAUUGCAGGAUAUGAGAGAUAACAAGUGGGUUGACUUUAUCAACAGUGUAACUUCAUUUUGCGAGCAGCAUAAAAUAAGUGUUCCACAUAUGGAUGAUAAAUGGGUUGCUCGUGGUCGUCCUCGACGCAGAGCUCAAGAUAUGACAAAUUUAUAUCAUUUCCGGGUUGAAAUUUUUUACACAGUACUUGAUAUGCAGCUUCAGGAGUUGAACAAUCGGUUUACAGAAGUAAAUACCGAACUGCUUUUGUGCAUGACAUGUUUGAAUCCUAAUAACAAAUUUCAUGCAUUCAAUAAAGACAAGUUGAUUCGAAUGACACAGUUUUAUCCAGCUGAUUUUAGUCUUCUUGAUCAGGCAGUUCUUGAAAAUCAAUUAGAUACUUAUAUCAUGGAUAUGCGAUAUGAUGAUCAGUUCACCUCAUUAAAAGAUAUUGGAAGUCUUGCUGAGAAAAUGAUUCAAAACAAGAAGGAUAUACUUUAUCCUAUUGUUUUUAAACUAUUGGAAUUGGCAUUGGUAUUACCCGUUGCUACAGCAGGUGUUGAAAAAGCAUUUUCUGCCAUGAAUAUUAUAAAAAAUCGACUGCGAAAUCGGAUUGGCGAUCAAUGA